GGCGCUGGUAGCAUUAGCUUAAAGGGACGCUUUGAAUUAGCUUGAGAGAAUGUUGUCCUAAAUAGAAGAACAGGUAAGAUAAAAUUAAAUUAGAUAUACUCUAUUUUAUAACCGAGCAACAAUGUCUUCAGUUGAGUAUUUGAGAGAGUUUAUAAACGAGAGACUGAUGACUGCUGCUCAAGAAAUAUUUGGAGCUUUUCAAAAAACCAUCGUCGAAUACGAAGAAGAGAUCGACCGUCAGCGCAGACUGUUGGAUGUCCUUUGGAAACCUGAUAUAAAGCUAAACAGCACAGAGCUCCCACAGCAACAUGUCUGUAAGGAGGAGGAGGUUCUCGCUGACCAGCAGCUCUGUAUUCAGGAGUGGAAUUCCAGUGUGGACCAAGAGGACCCAGAGCCUCCACAGCUUAAAGAGGAGCAGGAGGAACUGUGCACCAGUCAGGAGGGAGAGCAGCUUGUACUGAAGCAGGAGACUGACGCCUUUAUGUUGACUCCUGCUUAUGAUGAAAGUGACCACGGUGAUGAUCACGAAAGCAUCAGCCACACUAACGAUGUGUCUAACCCUGCUACGACAACGAUUUACUGUGACACUCACACAGAGAAAGAGUCUGUCAAAUGUGACAUGUGUGAGAAGGCUUUUAAGUACAAGUCAGAUCUGAAGAGACACCUGAAAAUCCACACAGGUGAGAAGCCGUAUUCCUGCAACACCUGUGGGAAAACAUUCAGUCAGAUGUCAGUACUGAAGGCUCAUAUAAUAAUCCACACAGGGGAGAAACCGUAUUCAUGCAACACCUGUGGGAAAAGAUUCUGUCGGGCAUCAGAUUUGAAAGCUCAUAUACGAAUCCAUUCGGGUGAGAAGCCGUACUCUUGCAACACCUGUGGGAAGCAUUUCAGAUCAAGCAGUCAAUUGACAGGCCACAUGAAAACCCACACGGGUGAGAAGCCGUAUUCUUGCAGCACCUGUGGGAAGAGAUUCCCUCAACCAUCAUUACUGAAGGCUCAUGUAAGAAUCCACACAGGUGAGCGGCCAUAUUUGUGCAAAACAUGUGGGAAAGAUUUCAGAGUCAGCAGUGCCUUAAAAUUCCACAUGAGAACUCACACAGGAGAGAAGCCGUACACAUGCAAAAUAUGUGGGAGAGCCUUCAGAGUCAGCGCUCACCUGAUAGGCCACAUGAAAAUCCACACAGGUGAGAAGCCAUAUUCUUGCAACACCUGUGGGAAAGACUUCAGGCGUAGCAAUGAAUUGACACUUCACAUAAAAACAACAAUGUCUUCAGUUGAGUAUUUGAGAGAGUUUAUAAACGAGAGACUAACUGCAGCUGCUGAAGAAAUAUUCGGAGUUUUCCAAAAAACUAUCGUCGAGUAUGAAGAAGAGAUCGACCGUCAGAGGAGACUGUUGGAUAUCGUCUGGAAACCUCAAAUAAAGUUACACAGCAUUGAGCUCCCACAGCAACAUGCCUGUAAGGAGGAGAAGGUUCUCUCUGACCAGCAGCUCUGUGUUCAGGAGAGGAACUCCAGUCUGGACCAAGAGGAGCCAGAGCUUCCACAGGUUAAAGAGGAAGAGGAGGAGCUGUGCACCAGUCAGGAGGGAGAGCAGCUUGUACUGAAGCAGGAGACUGACGCCUUUAUGUUGACUCCUGUUUAUGAGGAAAGUGACCACGGUGACGAUCAUGCUCUGAACUUUAUCAUUGAUGAAACUCAGAAUGUGGUGGAGGACAGGCCUCUUAACUACAUUUCAGUUAACAGCUCUGUGGCACCAGAACCAAACAGUGACCACCAGCUCCUCUCUCACAACUCUCAGAGCCCAGAUCAGGACGGAGGAGAACAUGGAGACUCAGGAUCGACUAGAAAUGCUGAGACAGUGCUACACACUCAACAUCACAAUAGCAACAGUCACACUGCUAAUGUAACUACCCCUACUGUGUCUACACCUCAGUGUAGUACUUGCGCAGUUAAAAAGUCUUUCAAAUGUGACACAUGUGAGAAAGCCUUUACAUGUAAAUCAGAUUUGCGUAGACAUCUCUUAAUCCACACAGGUGAGAAGCCGUAUUCGUGCAACACCUGUGGGAAAAGAUUCAAUCAGAAAUCAAUACUGAAGGCUCAUGCUAGGCUCCACACAGGCGAGAAGCCACAUUCAUGCAACACCUGUGGGAGGAGAUUCUGUCGGGCAUCAGAUUUGAAAGCACACAUAAGGAUCCACUCAGGUGAGAAGCCGUAUUCUUGCAAAGUAUGUGGAAAACAUUUCAGAUCUGGCUACAACUUCAAAGUCCACUUGAGAACCCACACAGGUGAGAAGCCGUAUUCUUGCAGCACCUGUGGGAAAAGAUUCUGUCGCCCAACGGUAUUGAAGGCUCACAUGAGAACACACACAGGGGAGAAGCCGUAUUCUUGCAACACCUGUGGGAAAAAAUUCUGUCGGACAUCCGAUUUGAAAAUUCAUACGAGAACACACACAGGGGAGAAGCCGUAUUCUUGCAACACCUGCGGGAAGAAAUUCAAUCAGAUGUCAAUAUUGAAGGCUCAUAUAAGAAUCCACACAGGUGAGAAGCCGUAUUCCUGCAAAACCUGUGGGAAAGAUUUCAGAUCUAGCAGUCAGUUGAUUGGCCACAUGAGAAGAAACCACUAACCUGAUAUUUUUCUCUGUAUUACUGUAUUUAUCACAAAUAAUGUACUGUACAGUAAAUAAUAAUGCAGCCUUUAAAACCAAGAAAAGACAACAGUUACAAUAUCCAGUCUCAUAUCAUGGAUUGACUGCCUGGCCUUACCCUGAAGUCUAAGGCCUGCAGGUGGGUGUGACUGACAUCAGGGGUGUUUUCACAUAUAGUCCUUUUUAAGCAAAUCAAACUCAGUCCUCUUAAAGUGCACCAAAAAGCGGACCAACAGAAAAGGGACUCAGUUCUUUUUGUGUUCACAUUGUCGUUCCUUUCUGGUCAACUUCACCUAUAAUGGGGCCUCAGUCCUCUUUCUGUUCACACUAAUAUCUAUUGAUAUAGUUUUGUUUUUAAUUUGACGUGGCACUGCAGUGUGGUUAUGAAGCCCCUCACUUUCAGGUGAACUUAUAAUUGUAGGAAAACCUUGGUGUGUCUGUGCUGUAGACUGUAUCUGUUUGAUGUAUUCUACACUCAACAUCUGGAGACGUGCAGUAUCUUCCGUGGAUGAAACUACUCCUCAUCCUGUGUUCUUGCAAGCGUUACAGGCCGACAUGGUUUUGUCUGUUUUUUCAGGCGUCCCAGGUCAACAGUAUGUGAUCUAGAGGGCUAAAUAAAAUGGCAAAGAGCAAAGUGAACCUGGAGCGCUUUGUGUUCCCAAUGCACAGGUUAAGUGAACCACACUGCAGACUUGAAGCGAACCGUACUCAGGUGGUCUGAGUAUGGUUCGCUUUAAAGGGGUCUGAGUUCUCUUGGGGUGUUCACAUAUGCGCAAAAAAAUGCUGAGUCUCUGCUCUGAGUCGGUUUAGAAAGCUAAAAAGGUCCAAGUGUGAAAACACCCCAAAAAUGAAAGUAGUCAUAGUGAAGAACAUUUCUCUCAGAGUUAUAACAUGCAGGUGUUUAAAUGUUGCAGCUCACCAGCUGGAGGUUAAGUUAAAGUAUGAUGCGAUACUGUUUCAUAGUUUGAUCAGUGGAGAUGCCUCAUAUUGAGUGGUGGAGUGUAACCAUAUGUACUAGAAUACUGUACUUAUGUAGAACAUUGACUGUGGUGAGGUUAACUUUAAGUUGGAUAUUCAUCACAUUCACUUGGGGUCCAGCGAUGUCAGAUUUUCAACGUGAUGGCAGCAGGAGGACGGUUAGCUCACCUCAUCAUGCUCAACCUGUGGGGGUUGACUAAAGGCUAGUUCACAUUACACGAUUUUCACCCUGAUUUUGCGUCGCGGAGACUAUUGUAAUUUUUUGAGUGUUCCUACCUGGCGACGUGUGUUUCUGUCAUCGGGAGUCUUGGCAACUGCGUUACGACCUGUGUGUGCACACCACAAGAUUUCUCCACCGAGCCCUCGCCGACAGAGCCCCAGAUAACGCAAUGACGUCACCAAACUUGGAGACGACACAUCGUAAAGGCAUGGAUAUUCUUCCCAGUGUUGAAUCAGAUCUGCCUCCAGGGCCUGGGUCCAAACACAACGCGCUCCCCGUGAUCCCGUGGACGCCGCCUUUGUUGUUGUUGCUUGCCGGCUUGUCAGUGUUGCCAGAUCUUGGGAGAGAAGCAAGCAACCAGGGCUAUGGAAACAAGCCCAAAAGAAGCGACGGAUAUAUAGAGAGAAAGGCGAUGUUUAGAGAACAAGCCCAAAUAAGCAACUCCACUUUAGAAACAAGCCCAAAAAAACGCAACCCGACUACCAAUAUUUGUAAGCGUAUCCCGCCUCUCAUUGGCUGAUGCUCUUUGUCAGUCAUGUCACAGUUCUCCAGUUUUCUAGCAUGCCAGAUAUCCAGUCCCAGUCACAGACGAGGGGGCGACUUGCUCGUAGACUUGUUCACAGAUGAGGACUCGUCGUGGCAGACUAUCUGCUGACUCACCUCCGACCCAAGGUGGCUCUCAAGAUCCUCUGCGACGUCAAAAUCACAGUGAAAAUUGUGUAAUGUGAACUAGGCUUAAGGGACCAUAAAUAUGUUACUGUUUAAAAACUGUUUAUUCAGUAUUCUCAUGCUGACUUGCCCAUAUUAGUGAAAACUAUGAAUAAAAAUAUACACUACCUUGGUCUAAUGUAGCUCACUUAUUUUGAUUGUUAAUGUGUAAUUAAUUUAUUUUACAGGAAUAUUUCUAUAUAGAAUAAUGGCCGCUAACGUCAUGUGAUAAUCGGUAACAAAAUGUAUCAGGACACUGGAAAAGAGGUACAGUUGAUUUUAGGAUAUGAAGACAUAAAUGAGCUGUGCAAUAUGACUGAUGGGAAUAUGAUGAACAACAAAAGCCAGUUCAAUUUUCUUUUGGAAUGAAAUACAGUUUAAUCACAUUUUCUUUGAGAGUGGGUGCUCAAUUAAAUGAGAGUAAUUGGUCAUAAAAAGAGUCAUUAGUUUGAGCUCUGCAUGUCAAAUGAAUGCAACUGGAGGAUUAGCAGUAAGUCAUUUUCUUACAGUGUUCUUCAAGAUGUUAAACCACCUGGGCCCAAGUCUGCUAUAUGAUUGUGAAUGUCACUGUAAAUGGUUCAUAUGCAGUCUGAAAGUAUUGUUGUCAUUGAUGAUAACCAGUUUCUUUACUUGCACUUUACUGGGAGCACAGUCUGUCUUUGCUGUCCUGUAACACAUAAUUAAAGCUUCUGUUUCAACCCACCUGUUGAUAGUUUUAAUAACAGCUCCAAGAGCUUAAGCCUCCCACACCCUGUCAUCAUUUACUCUGCAGCCAAUCUACCUGUAGAUGGUGCUACAGAGCCAGCUAGCAAAAAGCACCACUUAGCCUUGACCUCUUAAUCAGAAUCAGAAUCAGCUGUAUUCGCCAAGUACAUGUGUACAUACAAGGAAGUUGACUCCGGUUGACUUGCUCUCAAUGUACCAGAAUUGACAUUAGUACUCAAAUUUAG